AUGGACCUAUUCUCGCUCGUGCAGAAUUCGGAUUAUGUGCCGCCCCAGAAACCGAAGCGUGAACCAAAGUCUCGCGCUGUCGAGGAAGAUGAUACGCCGCUCAAGUCGCGCAUAGCCUUGGGCUAUCUAACGGUCAACGGCCGCGAGGAACCCGUCUUCGCACCCAUUCAAGGUUUCGAGCACUUGUUCACGCAUGAGGAUGUUGCCGCUCCACGAGCGACAGAGGCAGCACAUAAUCCGUCCUUGGCAGCUUCGUCAAAGAAAUCGCACGCUCUGAAGAGACGGCGCACUCGCAACCAAGAUGACAACGACAUAAACGACGCCCAGGAUGCUGACGAAGCACAUGAACCCACUGCCAAGGUUCGGCCUCCCGAGACAUUCAGUAUCGGGGACGUCGAGUCGCUGCAGGCCUUCUACGCGGCGCGGUUUCGUGAGCUGACCAUGAAGCCGAUGCGCGACGUAGUAACCGCGUGGGUGAAGAGACUAGAGCCUAGACGUCAAAAGAAGUACGGACCCUACCAGCGGUACGAGUACAAUGACGACUCCGACGGCCGCUUAGAUAGAAAGAAAAGCAUCAAACCCCCCUGGUGGCCGACUGCCGUACCAUAUGUUGAGCCUUCGCACCUCAAACUACAGCACCUGGUACCUCUAGCUGUCGACAUGAUGAUGAUUCACCGUCGCAUCGACGAGGAGGCUGGCAAGCGGAAAUAUCCUUCCUGGAUAAGCAAGCUCGAAACCGAUGCCACUUACCUCGUUUCCUCAAAAGACACAGAGCACUUCUCGUCUUCCAGGGGCGCGAGGUAUAACGAAGCCAUGAAGAAGCGCGCUCUAGAAGUCAUACUUCCCAGGUAA